AUGAACGAAAUACAAAAUAUUGAAAUGUUAAUUAUUGAAGAGAGAGCGGAUAUAGAAGAAUGGAUACCCAAUAAUGUGAAAACGGCAGUUUGCGAUAUUCUGAAAGAAAUUCUAAACAAUUUACUGCCAUGUUUAGAAGAAAAGCAUUUUUGCACAGGUGAAGGAAUGGAUGAAAUGAAAUUUACAGAAGCUGAAAGUAAUAUGAAUGAUUUAGUGGCAGAGUAUCAACAAUAUCACGACUCGAGAGUCGAGGAAGAAGAGGGAGAGAACUAA